AUGUGGAUAACACUAAUCUUGAACACUUUCCAGGAAUCAAUUUGUUCCUCCAAAGAUGCAACUUCAGCACUAACUGGUAAAAAAUCCGCAUCCCUUUAUUUUCAUCAAAUUUGUGACGAGUUACCACCUUUCUCAACAAUUGCAAACCAAGAAAACACCAACAACUGUAAUACGAACAAUAAAAAUAACGGUAAAAAUUCAGCUGAUCGUUCAAGUGAUACAAAUAUUAAUAAUAAUAAUAAAAACUCUGUCAACUAUUGGCAAACAUCGGGUGGAAAUAGUGACCUUAGGGACAAUAUAUCAGCUUCACUGGAGAGCAAUCUGCCGGGUAAUCAGUUGAACAUCGGUGGAAACCGAGAUCGAAAACAAUCAUUAACUGUUCCUGAGGAAAUUAAAUUCCAUCCUCAUUACUCUCGCCAUCACCACCAUCAUCAUCAUCAAAGAUCAUCACCUCAUUCAAUUGGAACUCAUUCAGCUGAUCAUUCACCGGAACACAUUAGUCAUUCUCAACAUUAUCUACCUUUAAUAUCAACUCAUCAUUCUCAUCAACACCAUCAACGAGCCUCAUCCAUGGGCCAUCAGCAGUUGGAACACCGAUCAGAUGAAGGUACAAUCGAAGAGACCACAUCCCCCAAAUGCAAAAUCGAAUCAAGUAGAAGUCCAUCUCCCCUGAGUACACCUUCACCAAGUGGAAGUACAUCAUUUCAAUUUUUCUCUCGACCCGCUGACGAUCAAUCAAUUGGUUCUUCAUGCAGUUCUUCUGGUAUCGAACUUGAAUUUACUCGUAAAUGUACAGUUUCUGCUGAUAGUUUACUCUUACAUCCCGAUAUAACUGGUUCCUCUUCAGGUCACGGUGUUUCCGGCAUAAGUCUGGGAGGUGCUGUAGGAGGUGGCUCAAGGAUGGGUCACCAUCAUCAUUUAUCGUCCUCAUCACAUCAUCAUCAUCACCAUCACCAUCAUCACCAUCGUCAUCAUAAUCAUCAUCAUCUUACAGAAGUAUCUGGAUCGACAGGGACUUGCUGUGAGAGAGAUGAAGCCAAGCCAAUGUCUUCCGAUUCCUCAUUGGAAGCCGGAAAAGGUUACAAAUCAGGUUUACUUUUAGAUCCUGGAUCUUUGGUGAAAAGGAAAAUCUCUGGUAGUUUAAGUUCUGAUCAAAUACAUAAUGAUUUAAUGUUCAGUGAUAAGGUCACUUUAACGCCAGGUACUCGAAGUGUUUCACCUAAAAUGAUAUUCACUGGUAGAUUUAGACGAGAUAAAUCAGCUCCCAGUUCAAGUCCGUCAACUUCACGUAAACUUGAUCAACCUUCAACCUCUCCAUCAACACCAACAGCCUCAGGGUCAAACCAGCCCGUUACCAGUGGUAAUUCUGGUCGAUCAACGUCUUCAACCUCGACGGAGAAACGAAAAGCAUCAGUGGCCAAUGUUGUUCUUUCUGGCCCCGGGCGAUUGGCUCGUCUUUUACGACGAACUCAUUCUGCUGGUUGUUCCAAAGAUGUUCCAUCACAUGCACUUUUCCUAAGAGAAAAACCAAUGAAACAUCAUGCUGGCUCAUCGGGUACAGUCGAAGGUGAAACUGGAGAGAAACGUCGAGGACGAAAACAGGCUCCAGCCUUGGAAGAUAUGAAACAAAGGUUAAGAUUCUUGAGGCGUCGUCACACCGAUUCAUCGAUACAAUCAACCAACGUAAGGCCAACACCCGAAGAGGCUCAUAAAUGGUCUGAAUCUUUCCAGUUUCUCAUGAGAAGUAAAUAUGGUGCGAGCCUAUUUAAGGCCUUCUUGGCACGGGAAUAUAGUCAAGAGAAUAUAGAAUUUUGGAUUGCAUGUGAAGAAUUCAAGAAAGUUCGGCCUAAUAAAAUGCUAUCCAAGGCUCGUAAAAUUUACGACGAUUUUGUGGCCGUUAAAUCACCAAAAGAAAUUAAUUUAGAUCCUAAUUUACGAAGUGAUAUUUUAUCGAGUUUAACGUCACCCGAAGAGUCAACUUUCGAUAUCGCUCAGCGUAAAAUUCAAGGAAUGUUGGAACAAGAUGCUUACCUGCGAUUCCUUCAGUCGGAAUUGUAUAAAGAUUUACUCAUUCCAAGUGAACCAACAACCGCCAAGAAAACAACGGAUGCAAAUAAAUACGAAUCAGGGAAAUUAUCUCCUGAAAGUCACCUUUAAUCGAUAUAAUUGUGUAAUAAUUUUCUUAAAAAUGUGAUUCCAUUCCAACUGAUUCGUUUUGACAAACAACAAAUUUAACUCAAGAAAAUAUCUUGGAACAUUUUCCUUUGAGGAAAACAAUCUCACCUCCAAGGUUUCCAACAAUUAUAACUGCAAUUCUCACUCACACAAACACACAUAUACAUACAUUAUGUGUAUCAAUUAUUUCACAAAUUUGUUAAAUUACUUUUAUUGGUACCUUUGGUUUUACUUGGAGCAGAUUAGUAAAUUGUUAGCAGUUGAACGGCUGAUGGAAAUGUUGAUGUUAUGGAUUAACAUGGAUGGAAAAUUUAAUCAAGUUUCUUUACUCUUUGGGAUUAAUCAGAAAGGAUUUUCACAUCUACUCAAUUCAUCUCAACCUCUAUUCGAGCUUGUGUUUAACUAAUUGUAAAUUUCUGAUUAAUUGAACAAUAGUAACAUUUUAUUUGGCCGAAAGAUAAUGAAGUCCUGUUUAGAUGUUACAACAAAUUUGGAAAAUCCAAAGUUGCUGGAGUUAACAAUUUAAUGGUAAAAAUAAGGACAAAGCAUGGUAAUCAUGGUUCCCAGAAAACAAAACUAAUCAUAUACACUAAUUAUCCUUCUAAUUAAUACGUUAAUCAUCAUCAUCAUCAUCACUAAGAAAAAAAACAAUUGACUCUUUUGAAUUGGCGAAAAAAAAAUUCAUCACAACCAUUUAAAGGAAAAUAACUGACUUCAUCUUUCAUCUAAUCUCAUCUCAUCUUGUUUACUAAUUGUGUUGAUUAAUUAACAAUUGACUAUUGAGACUAAUAUAAUUAUUAGUUAGCUUUCGAAUUUCUUUCAAAUUCUGAAAAUCUUUCUCUCUUGCAAAGGCCACGUAUGGUUAUUCAAAGACGCAGUUAGCGUUUGACCAAACCCAAGAAAAUUCACUCGUCGAAUUGAAUUCCUCGAACAUGAUAUGAUUAUUUCCAGUUCUAAAUUUCUUAUACCAAAUUCCAUCUCAAAAUUCAACCACGACAGUAGAAAAAAUUUUCUCUCCUUUUUUUUUAUUGGAAAAAAAGAAAGAAAGAAAAAAUCUUCCCCUGAUAUUCAGCUGAUUCCAUGAUGAUAAUAAUUUUAUUUACACACCGAUCAAGUUGAUUAAAUCUAAUCAAUGGUAAACCAAUGUUUUCUUUUCCUCUGUAAUCAAUAGAAUCGGAAGUGAAACAUUUCCUUUUCUAUUUCUUCCUGUAAUUUCUGUACUAUCACUUCUAAGCCCAUCCACAUAUACACACAACAAACACAAAAACACCCACAACUGUGAAUAGAUUUACAUGAAUAAUGUGAAAACGAAAAAAAAAACACCGAAAAUUUGUUUCUACUGUAACAAUAAAAUGAACACUCGAAAACAGACAAUGCAAAAUUUCAAACUUCUAAAUAAUGUAUUUCAAUUCUCAAGAAUUUUAUGUAACUUAAAAAAUAACAUUCGAAAAUGUUUUCAAACUUGUUAUUAAAAGAAAAAAAAUUUCGAUUUCAA